AUGGACUCCCGCUCCCCAACCAAGCGCAAACGCGCCCUCUCAACAACCUCAACCACCUACUCAGCAACACCCUCCUCCUCAACUAUCAUCAACCCCCUCUCCCACCCGCCUUCCACCCUCAAACAAUUUCUCCCAGCCGGCAACUCCCCCGACGCACCCCUCCCCUCCUCCAUCUACCCCGACUUCCCCCACCGACCCCUUCCCUCCUCACCUACUUCAUCUCAUCCUCGCUCUCGAUCUCGCUCCCGCCGCAGCAGCUUCGCCAGCACCACCUUCAACUCCGACGCCGGCGACACCGACGCCGAAACAGACGGAUGGACAACUAUAACAGAUCACGACACCAUCUCCGUCACCAGCACGGGAAAACCCUACGCCAAGCGCGACCCCGUCCGCAGCACAGCCAAGCUGCACAAAGCGCAUCAAUCGCGCGUUGGCGCACUGGUCGCUAUUAUUCAGCGCUGUUUAGCCGAGGGGGACAUAGCGCUGGCGAGAAGGGCGUUCGGCUUGCUGGUGAGGGCGGACGUAAAUGGGCGGAAGGUGGAUUUGCGGUUUGGUGGGUAUUGGGAGUUGGGAGCGGAGGUGUUGAUGAGGGUAGGGGAAAACCAGGGGAAUCAGUUGGGGGGAGGGUCACAAGGCGGGUUGCUUGGGGAUGGGACGCAGAUGGAAGAGGAAGAGCGGGAGGGGGUAUACGGGGAGGGACCAUCUGGGGAAGGGGAGAUGGAAGAGGAGGAUGUAAAAGAGAGGAGGGAACGCAACCGAUUACUCCGCGCAGCACAAAAUCGGGAUCGAGUCCGGGCAUACUACGAGACGCUAAUCCAUUUACAUCCAUGGAGCAGGCUGCAUCCUAACAAAAUGGGCGCGGUGGAUUUCUAUCCUGCGCUGUUUGGGUUCGAGAUGGAGGCUUGUUUUGCGGAACAUCGGUACGGGGUGGAACAACUUGACAGACACCAUUUCAUUGAUGACGACGACGAUGAUCUACCAAAGUUCGGAGGGGAUGAUGAUCACAUGCAAAUCGACCAGCAAUCAUCCCUCGAUCCCCUCGACCCCCUGAGGUCCUCACCACCUUCACCAUCUGCUUACUACCCCAGUCACUCCAGUCACUCCAGACAGAUGGAUACCGUCAACGUCCACCCUCUAUACCGAACAGAAAUGGAAGAGGAUGAAAGAAGAAGCAAAAGGCCGGAAGUAAGACUAAGAAGAGAGAAAGAGAAACUGAGAAUAAAGGCGUUGGAGCAAAUGAAGGAUGUAGCGAGACGCAUGGAUGCCGUCUUGGAGAAUACCCCCUAUAAUAAAGAUGUGGAGCUGGUGAGGUUGAGAGCCAUGGUGGCGCUUUAUGUGGGGGAUUUGAGCGUGCCUGUUACGGUCACUCAGGUGGAAGGGGAGGGGGGCAGUGGGUGGAAGUCGCAUGAGGAGAGGAUGAAUGAGGAGGAGGGAAGGAGGGCACAGGCUGCUGAGAGGGAUAGGGCGAGGGUAUUGUUUAUAAAAAUGAGGGAGUUGAGAGGGGGGGAGUUGGAGGAGGGGGAUGAGUGGAUUUUGGAGUUGAUUAGUGGCGGUGGUGGUGGUGCUGAAGGUGAUGGGGAGGAUGAGGAUGUGGAGGGGGAGGAAGAGGAAGGGGGGGAUAGGGGGAGGAGUAGAGGUACGUUUGCUUUGGCUAUGAGGUGA